GGAACUCCGUUGAAAAUAAAGCCUGUAUACGGAAUUUAUUAGACUUUCCCCGCGACCUCGAAUGCUGGGCGACGUGUUCGAGUGUUUACAUGGAGUGACUCGAGUUGCUUGACGGGGCUGAACAUAUGACUGAAAACCGUCGAAGAUGGAUGUCCUGCUGCCAAUAUUCCAGUUGUUAUACUUUGUUGCCCACUUCCUGGCCAGCUUGGCACUCUCAGUCCUCGACACCUUCCACCUCCUUCACCGAGUGUUUCUCCAUGUGAGUGCAGUGUUAAGAGGAGGCAAUCUGCCUGUGCUCCGCAUACAAGCUGAUGCCGCACAGCUCAAGAAGACCCCACAGCACUUGGGAUUGGUGUGCAUAGGGAAGCAAGUGUAUCACAUUUCUUAUCUUGCCAACGUGAUUACGUGGGCUGUUGGGUAUGGGGUACGCUAUGUAUCCCUAUAUGACAUGCAUGGCACUCUCAAACGACAGCGAUCAGUGAUAAUCCAGCACCUUGAAGAGGUGUGUGCCGAUAUCAACUACACAGUGAUAACCCAUAACAGUGAAGCAAACCAAGCUAAAGACAUUGUAGAAAAUAGCAGGUCAGGGCCACAUGUAAUUGUAAAUCUCUUAAGCAUGACCGAUGGCAAAGGUAGCCUUGCCGUCACAGCCCGCCAGCUGAGCUCAGGAACCAGGAAAGUGAGUCAGGAGUUAUUAGAAUCUUUGAAAGUAACACGGGGCCAGCCAGAUCCUGAACUCAUUAUCACAAUAGGAGAACCCAUUUCAACCAUGGGGUUCCUGCCGUGGCAAAUUAGAUUAAGUGAAUUUUUUGCAGUUCCAUCUUUAAAUAGGUUUGAAUAUGGAGAUUUCCAAACCAUUCUUAGGCAAUAUUCCAAAUGUGAGCAGAGAUAUGGCAAGUAGAUUCUGUAUUAAUUAUACAGUUAAUGUCUUUUUUCUGUGUCUGUAUUAAUAAGAACUUAUGUGAUAUAUACAAGGAUGUUGUUGUUUGCAUGUAUGUCAAAUCUUCCAUGCCAGUAGUGUGCUUAAUUUUAUAAGAAUUGAAAAAAUAAAAGAGAUUCAGGAAAUAAUUAUAUCUAAAUUGAUAUUUGAAUAAUCUCUCAUGUAACAGAGGGGAAUUAGAAAUUAAAUAUCAUUCCUGUUAUUGACAGUUGUAUCUGAACUUGUAUAACAUUAUUUUAUCAAGUAAGGGAUCAAAGGAAAGAUGGGAAGUAAUAAUAUUUGUUUAUAUUUUUGUAAAGUAAAGUAGUAUAACAAAUUCUAAAAAAAUAAGAAAAAAAAAGGAAAAAACCUAUCCUUGUUCAUUGUUUUACAGAAUGCAUUACUCUUUUUCCCUCCCUUGUUUCUCAAUCUCAGUGAUUUUUGGGAAUGAAGGCCCCAGAAUUGAUACUGUUGUGUUUUUAUAUUCAGUUUCCAAGCUAUACAACUCAGGUCAGUAAGAGAUGCAUUGUGAAGUGAGUCAGAAAUACAAGAAAUUGAGUUCUGUUGCAUAAAGUAUGAGAGCAUUUUUGACCGUUGCUUGGUGGGUCUUCCCAUUUAUCUGGGGAGUGUAUGGAGUGUGCAUAAUUUGGUCCCAAAAGUUUAAUUUGCCUGUGAUAAGCUGUUUUUUUUUUUUUUUUUUUUUUUUUUUUUAAUUUAUUUUGUAUUGGUUUAGAUUGUUUAUGUAGG